GUCUCUGAAACCACAAUCCCUCAUUCCAUUUCUCUCUCUCUGCCAAGUCUAUGUUCUCUCAUUGUCUCAUUUGUCAUACAUAUUUUCCUGAAUCAGUUUGGUGGGGCUGUUCACCUUCUUUUCCCACAACAAAAACUAACAAUAAAAACUCCCUCAACUCUAACAAACACAAUCACUCUUGAACUGAGAUGAAGACGAUCACGGCCCGAAGCCCGCACGACUCCUCCUUCUCCUUCUCCCGCAGAUACUUCAACUGGAAGAAGAAGAGCCCCGACGACGAAGAAGACGACGACAUGGCCGAAAUCCUCAACCUCCCCCACGAGGAACAAGAAGACGACCUCAGCUUCCACCUCCGCCGCUCCCGCUCCGCCGGCGCCGCCGCCAAGAAAACGCCGCGCAAAAAGCUCUCCGUGAUGGCGGUGGCGAAGCUGCGGUGGGCGCGGGCCUUGGGGCGGGGCGGGCCUAAUCUGUCGUCGGGCCUGGGGACGAGGGUGGUGGGGACGCUGUUCGGGCACCGGCGCGGGCACGUGUGCUUCGCGUUCCAGGAGGACUUCAAGCUGGGGCCGGGGUUUCUGGUGGAGCUGGCGACGCCGACGAGCGUGCUGGUGAAGGAGAUGGCGUCCGGGCUGGUGAGGAUCGCGCUGGAGUGCGAGAAGCGGGCCGAGAAGAAGGGGGCGAAGCUUCUGGAAGAGCCCGUCUGGAGGACUUACUGCAACGGGAAGAGGUGCGGCUACGCGAUGAGGAGGGACUGCGGGCCCGACGAGUGGAAGGUGCUCAACGCCAUCGGGCCGAUCUCGAUGGGGGCAGGGGUGCUGCCCGGGCCGGCCUGCGAGGAUGGAGAGAUGAUGUAUAUGCGGGCCAAGUUUGAGAGAGUUGUGGGCAGCAAAGAUUCUGAGGCUUUCUACAUGAUGAAUCCCGAUGGGAAUGGAGGCCCCGAACUCAGCAUCUAUUUGCUUAGAGUUUGAAUCUUUUUCUUUUAAUUAAUUUAAGUUUAUGUUUGAAUUUACUUCGGUUUUUACUUACUAAUGUUUUUAGGCUUUUUUUUUUAAAAAAAAUGGGGAAAGUUUUAGUGGGAUAGGAGAGAUGGUUGGUUGGAUAUAUGAUGAUGGUACAUUGUGUAUAGGUGAGGGUAAUUACUCUGUUUUUUCCCUUUCCCUAAUGAAUGAAAGCUGGAGAAAUGCACUUAUUGUGUUGUCUGCUAA